AUGCCUCCAAGAAGACAAAUUCCUCAAGCUAAUGGUCCUCUUCCCAAUCAAAUAACUAAUGAGGAGUUUUGGACUGCUAUCACUAUUCUAGCUCAUAUAGUGGCCAACCAAGGAGUAAUGGCUCCUUCAAAUGUGAUCACACUAGCUUCAAGAGUUAGAGACUUCACAAGGAUGAAUCUUCCUGAGUUCCAUGGUUUGAAAGGCGAUGCGGAUCCCCAAGACUUUGUUUAUGAGGUAUAUAAGAUCACAAAUAUUAUGGGGAUGUCUGUUGAGGAGAAGGAAGAGAUGGUGGCCUACCACCUUAGGGGUGUUGCUCGAGUGCGGUUUGACCAAUGGAAGGCCGAAAGGGUUAAAAGAGGCCCUAUAGAAAUAGACAUAUCUCGGUUCAUGACCUAUACUGAACAACUAGAAGGAGAGAAGCUAGAAGAGAAAAGGAUGAAGGAGUCCAAGAGGACUCGAUAUGAAGACGGAUCUUCUAAUGCUAAGACCGGUGAGGAUAAUGGCCAUUUUCAAAAAGGCCAAAUAUUCCAAUGUCAAGGUUCCCCUUGA